CCCUGACUCCCAGCAGUCCGAUACUCAAAGCCAUGGCGGUGGACUUCUGCACUCCCAAGGCUAUGGAGGCGGUGGAAAAGCGGGGCGAUUUCAGCUGCGCCGCCUGUGCCGAGCUCUUCGCUAGUGCAGCGGAGCUGCGGGCGCACUGCAAAUCGGAGCGGCAUGUGUACAACAUGAAACGUCAACUGUCUAACCUGAAACCCAUCUCUCAGGAAGCGUGGGAGCGCAAGCUCCGGGAACGCGAGGGACAAGAAAACACCAAGGGAACUGCACACCUCAAAGCGGGCAAGGCGCCGCGAAGUAAAGAGGGCUACACCCCUGACGCGGCUGCGCAACGCGAGGAAGCUGUGUCGGUGGCGUUCUCCCCUCGUCGUUGCCUCUUCGACAAGCAGCACUUCAAUACCAUCGAUCAAAACCUGACCUACAUGUGGAAAACCUACAAUUUCUUCGUGCCAGAUCGGGAGUAUUGCACCAAUCUGGAGGGCCUACUGGAGCAUUUGUGGAUGAAGUGCACUGAUGACGCUUGCUGCCUUUUCUGCAACCGAAGAUUCCCUGAUGGUGCCAGCACUCGCCGACACAUGCUGGACAAGGCCCACACCCGCAUUGGCACCGAAGCACGCACCCGCCGCGGAAAUCUGGAUGACUUGGGAUCCCAGGACCUGGAGGCGGAACUGGAGGAGUUCUACGACUUCACUGGCUCCACACGUGAGAUCACCGAACGCAUCACUGAUCCACAGCAGCGACUUGCGUCCAUCUUCCGCUUCUUUGACGAAGAUCGAGACGGCUUUCUAUCCUAUGAGGAGUUGACUGAGCUCUGGCGUGCCACCAAAAAGGAGGAGGCUGCGGAGCUGACUGCACCCCUCUUCCAGGGCGCUUGCGCCCAGGCUGGAGCAGAUCCAAAACGUGGCCUUGAUAUGGAGGCCUUGGCGCGACUCUACAUGGAAGGCUUCGCGGAUCUGGCCGAACACUUCCAGGUCUUGGAGGAGCUGCUGGCCAAAAAAUUGUCUUCCAAGAAUCUUCGCAAGGCCAUGGCGCCACGCAAGGAGGAGAUACAGGAAGACGAGGAUGACGAUGAUGAAGAUGAUGAAGAUGAUGAGGAUGACGCGGAAAGCUCUGGUACCGAGAUUGUUGAAUGCGAUGAUGAGGCCGAGUUUGAAGAGGUCAUGAGAAUACUGGGCCUGCAGCAAGCCAUGGUCUUGGACAAUGGCGACCUGAGGCUUCCAAAUGGCAUGGUCGCUGCCAACCGAGAUGUGGCCCACAUUUGGAAGCAGCGAGGCACUCGUGCUGGUCCUCUCGCGCUGGGAGGGCGCCCCGGCAAGAGCGUGCGAGCUCAUCUGAUGCUUGCCAACGAUGCGGCUGGCAAGGUUGAGCUCACUCGAAGGGAGCAGAAGAGGGAGGGCAAACGGGUCAUUGCCAUCUUGAAGGAGAAGAACAAGCAGGAGAUGAGACUGGGUAUGCAGAUGAAUCUGGUCCUCAAGGGCAGACCCAAGAAAUUCCGAACGCUCAUGGGAGAUGCUUCAGGUGGGCGUUAGCCGUUGAGCCAUGGCAGCCUUGGCCAUGGGACGCAUCAUCUUGUUUUGGGGGGAGAACGCGACCCAAAUCGAAC